GACUGGCGCUUUGCGUUGAAGGAGACAUAACAAACCGAUAUCUGGUUCUGGAACGAUGGCAAUUGGAAGCAAUGAUGGCAAUGACAAUGACGGUGCUGCUCGCCGCUGUGCUGCUGGCCUCUGCCGCCGCCCGGCCUCAGGACGCCAUCCUGCCUGAAGUGAUCAGCUCGCGGCACAUGCAGAACGAGGACGGCUCUUUCGCGUACGGGUACGAGCAGACCGACGGCCAGGUGGUGGACGUGCAGGGCGAGCAGCGCCAGAUUGGUGACGAGGUCGGCACCGUCAUGAGCGGCAGCUACAGCUUCGUCGGGCUCGACGGCGUCGUCUACACGGUCACGUGGACAGCCGACGAGAACGGCUUCCGGGCGACGGGCGAUCACUUGCCGCGGAGCGUCUGAGGCACGCCGCCGAUGUGACCUGCCGCUGACCUGACCUGCUGCCGACCAGACCUGCCGCGUCCCGGGCAGGUGUCUGUCGGUGCCCGCCGAGGUAUGUGUGGGAUGUGCAAACGCUGGUCAAGCGAAGUGCACUCGGUCGCCGGACUCGGUGAUAAAAGAGACGUGCAUGCGGCUGCCUUCACGGUCUCAGCGCUGGUGUCUGUGUCUCGCUGCGUACGCGAAUGUGCAUUGGGGAGUCUGCAUCUCGCUGCACGCUCGGCUACCUGCUGCUACAGCUUGUGCAUGCCAUGUCAUGCCAUGCCAUGCCAGCCAUGUGCAGGCAAAUCGAUUAGCAAUACACAUCAGCUGCUCGGA